CCUGGGCGCUCCGCCGGGUACCUUCCGCACAGGUUCCAGCUGGCUACCACCAUCGGUAUCCUGGUCGCCCAGCUCAUCAACUACGCGGUACAGGACUGGGACGAGGGCUGGCGCCUGUCGCUGGGCCUGGGCGCCGUGCCCGCCUGCAUCCUCACCCUGGGCAGCAUCAUCCUGCCCGACUCUCCCAACUCGCUGAUUGAGCGCGGCAAGAACGAGCAGGGGCGCAAGGUGCUGGCCCGCAUCCGCGGCACGCAGCAGGUGGAUGCAGAGUACGAGGACAUCUGCGAAGCUGCUGCCAGCGCCACCAAGGUCACCCACGCGCAGGCGUGGCGCAACCUGUUCCGCCGCCACUACCGCCCCUCGCUGGUGCUGGCCACCUGGAUCCCCACCUUCCAACAGUGGACGGGCAUGAACGCGGUGGGUGGGGGAGGCGCAGCAGGGGCCUGA